UCUGUAGCAAAGGCGGCCCACGGUCCUUGGAGCGUGAGUGCCCGGCUGGUUUGCGGGUAGAGCUCUUCGGUGAUCCUCUCGGGCGGCCAUGGCAGAGCCACAGCCCGCGUCCAGCGGCCUCACGGAUGAGGCUGCCCUCAGCUGCUGCUCCGACCCGGACUCCAGCACCAAGGAUUUUCUACUGCAGCAAACGAUGCUAAGAAUUAAGGAUCCUAAGAAGUCCCUGGAUUUUUAUACGAGGGUUCUUGGACUGACGCUCCUCCAGAAGUUAGAUUUCCCUGCUAUGAAAUUUUCGCUCUAUUUCUUAGCUUACGAGGAUAAAAAUGACAUCCCCAAGGAUAAGAAUGAAAGAGUAGCAUGGACGUUCUCCAGAAAAGCUACACUGGAGUUGACACACAACUGGGGCACUGAAGAUGAUGACACCCAGAGUUACCACAAUGGCAACUCAGACCCUCGGGGAUUUGGUCACAUUGGGAUUGCUGUUCCUGAUGUCUAUAGUGCCUGUAAGAGAUUUGAAGAACUGGGCGUCAAGUUUGUGAAGAAACCGGAUGAUGGUAAAAUGAAAGGUCUGGCAUUCAUUCAGGAUCCUGACGGCUACUGGAUUGAGAUUCUGAAUCCUAACAAAAUAGCAGCGAGUAUUUAAUUCUGUAAGAAUGCUCCUUUGAGGUGUUGGUGACAAUGGGGACAAGAAACAGCGUAAUUCAAGAUGCUGAGGCACCAGACACAUCAAAGACUGGUGGAUCUUCGCUCCAGUUCAAAUCUUUCUGAAAUCCUUCUCAUUGUCCUGUUUCAGCGGGUUUUGAAAAACUUCCCCUCCUGUUUAGUCAACCUAAUUUUCAAGCCACAGUUUUAUCUUAUGACCUUGACAAAGUUGUGUGACUUUACUUUCUAGAUAAUAAUUAGAACAGUUCCCUUUAGAGACUACAUUUGCUACCGCCUGUCUCUUAAAUGACUCAAGUCUGUUUCUGAUUCAUCAUUUAAAAUUUUGUUUUAACCGUUUUCUUUUUUUGGGGAGUGCUACCUUCUGGGGUUUCAGUUCCUCAGAAAAGACUUUUCAUAAUGGAAAGUAAAGAACACUGAAAAAUGAAACUUCGUGCGUACUUCAAACAGUGUAGUGUUUAUCUUACAAAAGAGAAGGUAGUCCUUCGAGCAAUUCUGAAUCAUGCUGACAAGGACACUGAUGGAAAUCCUAAUUAUUUUUUGUAUGUAUAUGUAUAAAGUACUUUCAAAGUUCAAGGACUAACCAAACUUUUCUGGGAGUGAGGAGGAGGAAGGGAUUAACUUUACCGGGUGCUUAGACAGUGGGCGAGGCUGUGGCAUGCUUUAUGUGAAUGAAUACUGCAGAUACGUGUGAACAGCAAGCAGCUAGACCACAAAGUAGCCUGAUAGGCCUGAGCGCUCGGGUGUCAUCGUUUCUUGCAGCUGGAUUAUGUCUCCCGGUACCUUCCGUGUUAGUCCUCUCUUGGGAACCUUGCAGUGAGUUUGGCUUUGUGCCCUUGGCUGUCGGGCUUGAACAUCGUAGCAGAAGUAGCACAGACGUCUAUAGUACAAGGCUGCUCUAGGGGCUGCCUGUGUGAGUGAGGCUUCCCGCCGGGUCUUCAUGAAGCUGUGAGCACUUAGGAUAAGUACGUUCAGUGAUAAGUCAGACAUCAGGAGUUCUGUGGUCGUCCCUGCUGACUGACAAGUGAUGGAUUCUAACAGGCAAUUUGGAAAACUUGUGACUGAAGGAUCAAACCCAAUUUGAGGUCAAACAACACGGAAAUGUUCUGCAAGCUGUAGUGGAAAACGUGGAUGGACAAUGUCAAGUUCUUUCUUUUUGGGGUGAAAAGGAUUUACGUGAGCAGUUUAAACAAAUCAUAGACUAAAAUAAAACUAACGCUGUUUAAUAUGUAAA